CUUUCAGCUGCUGAUGCGCAGCUCUGGCUUAUUUCAUAUGCACUAAAUGGCUUACUUGGAUCCUUUUCGUGUUUGAUAAAAACUGGACGACCGUUUGUAAUUUAGGGAUUAAAUGAUUACAGUCACGUCUGCUUCGUUGUCUGCCUCAGGAGGUAGCAGGUGGAGACUAAAUCGCUAAAACCGAUUGCAGCCCUACUGCAGACUUUCUGAUCGGGACAGCGCCACUGGCGCGUGCAUGGCUACAGAAACAUGCGCGCCCACGAUCGCGCACACGCACACCUGGGUUUCUAGUUCGGACGAGAAGGAUUGGGUUACCAUGUAGUGCGUGUAGGCACCUGUGCACUUCUCCGAGUGGAAUUAUAUAUAAAAAGCAACUGAUUUAAAAUUGAAUUUCUUCGAUUCUAGCGAUUUUGAAUCGCAAGAGUGGAUUCAUAACAAUGUGCGUUACUAUUACUGAAACAUGUUUUGACGGACAACAGUUUCCUUUAAGGUUUAAGGAUUGCUGCAAGAAGCAGAACCCCUAUGACGCCGGACUGGAUUCUACAGGAGGCACACUUCGUGGGUAUUAGAAAUACAAGAUAGCGGCAUUUUGUGGUAAAUGAACUCGGAAGAUUUGUAAAACAUCUGCAUCCAGAGAUUUAUAUUAAAAAAAAAAAAGAAGAAGAAGCGGAGCAAGUAAAAAGAACUAAAGCUGAUGCAGUACAAUUUAUAUUCUUCCUUUUCCGGACAUUGAUUAAAAAGGAGACUGGCGAUCUAAAGAAAGGAAGCGAAGAGCGACAAGACCCCGGUUUGCGCGCUGUCAAACAGGUGUUUUUGGCUCUCCAUUGAGAAAGCAGUUCUGGAACAGUGGGGCUGGCACCCAUCAUCAUACCUUUAUGCGAGAAUAAAGACUGCUAUUACAUUAUAUGAUUGCUGAAAGUUAAAGCUAAUGGACCCCCCGAGAAAGCAUAUGGUGGGUGUUAGCGACGUGGCACGGACAAUGACAGACACUUGCGUGACCGAUGAUCGUUGACACAAUGCGCCCAGAGCUGGUGCUUUGUAAUUUGUAACGUCCGAUAAAACAGACCUGCAAAUAACCGUUUCGGGAACAGGUUGUUUCUUGCUCAGAAGAAAGUAGUGCGAAUGGAGAGAUGACACUUAAUAACGGCAUUCAGAAGCAAUUUUGGUUUUAAAGAUUUAUUCGUGAUAUUUGAUUUGCUAAUGCAUAUGAAUAACACUGAAAGUCCGAAGUUUUGGAACACCUGUCUGCUAUGACUUUUAAGCAAAAAGUGCCAUCACCAUGACGACAGCCUCUUGUCGCUGAAGUGUUGCAGUUUUUAAAUUGUAUGACUUCGCUGGUGUACUUAUUCGAAUUUGAUGAUCUGAUUUGGAAUAAGAAUAUUUGGACACUGUCGGUGAAAUUCCUCCUUCCUCCCUGACUGCCCCCAUCCCAUUUUAACCUGUAUGUUGCAAUGGCUGCUGCGAUUGCCAGUUCCUUGAUACGACAGAAACGACAAGCCCGAGAACGAGAGAAGGCGAAUGCUUGUAAAUGUGUCAGCAGCCCCAACAAAAACAAAGGAACCUGCGAGAAAACCAGUCGCCUUAAUGUCUUCUCCAGGGUUAAAUUAUUUGGCUCAAAGAAACGCAGAAGGAGGCGGCCAGAGCCCCAGCUCAAGGGAAUUGUUACAAAGCUGUACAGCCGGCAAGGCUUCCAUCUACAAUUACAAGCGGAUGGAACAAUUGAUGGUACAAAGGAGGAGGAUAAUGGAUAUACAUUAUUCAACCUCAUCCCAGUGGGGCUUCGAGUGGUGGCUAUCCAAGGUGUACAAACAAAACUGUACCUGGCUAUGAACAGUGAAGGCUACCUGUACACAUCGGAACAUUUCACACCAGAAUGCAAGUUCAAAGAGUCAGUAUUUGAAAACUACUAUGUCACAUACUCCUCAAUGAUUUACAGACAGCAGCAGUCCGGCAGAGGAUGGUACUUGGGCCUUAACAAAGAAGGUGAAAUUAUGAAGGGGAACCAUGUGAAGAAAAAUAAACCAGCAGCACACUUUCUUCCGAAACCAUUAAAAGUUGCCAUGUACAGAGAGCCUUCACUUCACGAUCUCACAGAGUUCUCACGAUCUGGGAGUGGCACUCCCACAAAGAGCAGAAGUGCAUCAGCGGUGUUGAACGGCGGUAAAGCGGUGAGCCAGCAUGAAUCAACGUAGCCAGGGCCUUGAAGAGCCCGCCGAGCCUCUCCAAAACUUACCUCUGGAUGCUGUUGACUUCAUGACGACGAGCAGACUUCUCUCUGUCUCUUUCUUUCUCUGUCUCUAUCUCUCUUUAUCUUCUCUCCUCAUCUGUGGUUGAAGACAAAAACAAGCAAAAUAUAUACUGUAAGAGAAGAAUACAACACAAAACAAUGGACAAUAAAGCCGCCUGACCUUGCUAGGGGUCACUCUCAUUAGUACACAUUAGUUCUUCUGGGUUUCGUUACUCAAGGAUUCAUAGGUCCUGAUAAUGUAGAAUAAAUGUUCAUCAUUCAAGACCACUGGGCAGUGUAUCAAAGAUCCAAAAUUUCAUCUCUGUUCUAAUUGGCAUCAGAGUGCUUCAGGAAGCAAGUAACUGCAGUGUUAACAGUACCAGUUCCUGCUGGAAGAGGGCUAUCCGUCCAGCAAAUUCAUAUGAGUGAAGAGACCGUUGUCACUUGAGCUGAGGAAAAAAAAACUAAAGGGAUUGAUUGAAUUAGAAGAAGGAGUUUCAUGUUUAAAGAAUUCUCUAUUCUCCUUUGCCAUUUUCCUUCCUGUUGCUGCUGAGUGCUUGUUACCCUGUUGUUGAUGACUGUUUUCUGUUUCUGUGUGUGUGUGUGUGUUUUAUAGUUUUCUUUAUUCAGCCCACAACUCCUUGUGUUCCAUGUGUCAAAGUAUGUAUGAAAGAAGCCAGUGCUGAAGAAUGUACAGAUAGAUUAGGUGAGCACAACAGAGUUGCUAGUUUAGUCUCAUGUCACUUAAAGUUGAAAAAGAAAAGGAACGGAGGUGGUGUUUGUAGGAUCUAAGGAAGAAAAAAAAGUAGGAAAAGAAAAUAAAAUUAGAAUUCAAUUCUGAACAUAUUUUUGUCCCCUGUUUUGAUUCUGGUCUUGUAGUUUGUCUCUGUCUGUAAGUAACGAGUGGUUGUAUGCCUAUGUCUGUAAAGCUGUAAAGCUUAAUUUGCUGUCAUUGGCUGAGUGUGGCCAUUGUUUACUUAUGAUCAAACUAAAACCAUUACUACAGAACUCCCCUAUUAUCCUUAUUGUAUUAUUUAAUUUAUAUAUAAUGGAUGAAUUGUGAACUCCAGAUUAUGUAUUUAUACAUAAAAAGCAACAACAAAAUACCAAAAGUAUCCUGUAAAAUUUUCAGUGGCUUUCAUUUUUUUAUGUUUUUUUUUUUUUGCUUUAUUUUCUAAUAGGAGAUGUCUUAUUUGUAAAAGUGAGCAAACACUUUUUUUUUUCUUGUACUGGACUUGUACAAUAUAAAGUGUGUAAAAGGACCCUUUACUUCUGUGGGCACACUUUACCCUUAGUCAGAAUAUUAUUAUUAUCAUUAUAUCAUCAUGAUGCAAGUUACAGGGAGGAUCUUGUUUCAAAUUUAGAGUUUCAUUUCUGAACCUAUCUGUUGCAUGGGAGAAAGCUGGAACAACUGGGUUAGAGAUGCAUGAUAUAGGCUAAGUGUAUUAAAGUGUUGGAUCUUGUGUUCCAAUCUGUUCAAGGAUAAUAACAGUAUGUACAAGUUGGCAUUCUGCCAGGUACCAUCCAGUUGUUUACUAUUAUUUGUUGUAUACACAGAACAAUGCACUGAAUAAAUAUUUGUAUUAAGAUAUACUUUUAAAAA